CUAGUUGAAGGGAUUACUUGUUAGCAAUAAUCACAGAGAGGGUCUUCGUCUAUCUAUAUAUGUCAAGUAGUAGGAAAGUAUCAACCGAGCCGCCGCAACAUGCACGGCGCGCGCCACCGUACCGUACCAGUUGUCAAAGGCGUUGACAUGUUUGCGCUACUGUUGCAUGCAUGAUGAACGCAUGCAUGUGAGCUUCGCUAUAGCUAGCUAGCAGCUAAUACCGUAAUAAUAUCACCCACCAAGCACCAAGAGAGGAACGUACGCGCCGUGCAAUCAAUCAUGCCCCUAUAUUCCCUGCCAACGACCAUCAUUCCGAUGAUCAUCCAUGCAACCGGCUGCUGCUCUACUGAUGUUAUUUAAGCCCUACUGCAUGCCAUGGGCGUCGUCGCAAUCCAUCCAUCCAUCCGCCAUUGAUCAAUAAUCCUGAUCUAUCUACUAUAUACUCUCGGUCAUUCUCUCUUUCUCCCAACUCUAGCUAUCGCAGCUGCUGUUCAGUUCGUCGCUCUAGUGGUCGGCCGGCGAUCGAUUCAAGCGACCGAUCGAUCGAGAUGGGCACCACGGUGGCGCAGCUCAAGCCCUUGGCCGUGGUCGUCGUCGUCCUUGCGCUGCUGGUCGCGGCGGCAAGGGCGGACUACUGGAACUGGAACAGUGGGACGGCGACGUUCUACGGCGGCGCCGACGGCUCCGGCACCAUGGGUGGCGCGUGCGGCUACGACAACCUGUACAACGCGGGCUAUGGAGUGCUCAACGCCGCGCUGAGCCAGGUGCUGUUCAACGACGGCGCCUCCUGUGGCCAGUGCUACGCCAUCAAGUGUGACGCCACCAAGUCCGUGUGGUGCAAGCCCGGCAACACCGUCACCGUCACCGCCACCAACCUGUGCCCACCCAACUACGCGCUCCCCAACGGCGGCUGGUGCGGCCCGCCGCGCCCCCACUUCGACAUGUCCCAGCCAGCGUGGGAGAACAUCGGCAUCUACCGCGGCGGCAUCAUCCCCGUCGUCUACCAACGGGUGCGAUGCUCGAGGCAGGGAGGCGUGAGGUUCAGAAUCACCGGGUCCCAGUACUUCCAGCUGAUUCUCAUCACCAAUGUCGGCGGCAGUGGAUCCAUCCAGUCCAUGUCCGUGAAGGGGACCAACACCGGGUGGAUUGGCAUGACGCGGAACUGGGGCGCGCAAUGGCAGAGCAACUCGGCGCUCCUUAAGCAGGCGCUCUCCUUCAUGGUCACCUCCACCGGCGGCCAGACGCUGUACGUCAACAACGUCGUGCCGGCGUGGUGGGUGCUGGGCAUGACCUUCGCCACCAACGCGCAGUUUGACUAUUAGCAGCUCAAUGCAUCAUCGGAACCGGCCGCAUAAUUGCAUGUGCGUGUGCGUGUGCCUGGCCAGCCUCUGAAAAUUUUAAUUGAUCAAGAUCAGUUGACCUGAUGGUGUAAUUGAUGUGGGUUGAUCUAGAUUUUGAUCUGUGAUAUAUCGCAUUUGGUUGAAUUAUUAGUUUCUACGAUCUGAACAUGCACAUAUGUAUACAUCAAUGUAUUGUCGGUUGGUUCAAUUGUUUUAUUAAAUGGU